CGGGAGUGUUGAUCCUGGCCAUGUAUAAAACCAAACCUACCCAACACAUCAUUUAACUAGUAUCGAGGCGAGUUACGAGGACGCAUUCAUUACACCGUCACGAUGACAUCUCCAAAAGCAGUUGCAGUGGUGACGGGGUCAAACAAGGGUAUUGGUCUACAAAUCGUCAAGGGCCUGUGUCAGAGAUUUAAUGGAGACGUGUACCUAACAGCACGGAACGCGGAACUGGGUAAGAGGGCUGUCCAGAGCCUGAAAGCCGAAGGACUUGACCCAAAGUUUCACCAACUGGACAUCACCGAUAUCACCAGUAUAAACAGGCUUAGGGACCAUUUACAAGAACACUAUGGUGGACUUGACAUUCUCGUCAAUAACGCCGGGAUUGCAUUUAAAAAAGACACGGAUUCGCCAUUUUCCGAACAGGCCCGGAUAACGUGUGGGGUGAAUUUCUUCUCCCAAGUGGACGUGUGUGACGCGCUCUUCCCCCUCCUCCGUCCCCACGCGAGAGUGGUGAACAUGUCCAGUAUGGCUGCCCAGUGGUCAAUCGUCAAGUGUAGCUCGGACAUACAGGCCAGAUUUAAAGAUGCAACCAUUACCACACUACAGCUGAAAGCCUUGGUACAGGAGUUCAUCGACGCAGCACAAACAGGUGACCACGUGUCACAGGGAUGGGCAGACAUGGCGUACGGCGUUUCUAAAAUAGCAAUGACCAUUCUGACCUUCAUACAACACCGUGUCCUUAGUCAGGACAGUCGACCGGGUAUUGUCAUCAACAGUUGUUGUCCCGGCUAUGUCCAAACAGAUCUGACGUCAAACCAAGGCAAAAAGACACCCGAACAAGGUGCAGACACGCCUCUGUAUCUUUCACUCCUUCCUCCAGCCACCACGACACCUAACGGAGAGUUUGUAUCAGAUCGGGAAAUACAAAAGUGGGGAUAACUCUACACUUACUUCCGGAAUAGUUGAAAUUAUUAAUGUUUGUUCGUUUUUCCCACAAACACGUUGCUACUUUGUGAAACAAAUAUAUCAGUCAUAGAAAUGGUAUUAAAUCCAGAAAAAAACCCAAUGGAUUUGGUGUAUGGAGCAUUGCUGCAAUGGUGAAUAGCAUUUAUCGAAAUAUGAUCACUUGGUCCGUCCUUAUUACGCAAACGACUCUAAACGUUCUUGCCUAAUAGGUCCAAAUGUUUGCACUGAGAUGAACGAAGGUGACAUCUUUGUCUAUAACCUGUGGUCUGGAUCUGUACGCAAACUUCGACAAGGCCAUGGCGACCCUGCCUCUGAGUUACGUUGCGGAAACGAGGGAUCGUGUGCUAACAGUACUUUUAACCUGUGUGCUGACCAUCUGUUUACUCCAAACAAAUGUAUCGGUUCUUCUUCUGUGCUGUAUGUGUGAUUUAAAAUGUUGAUAGAUAUGUGAAAUAAGACAAUUAUAUCUAAUUAUGAGAAUGAA